GAUAUUAUAGUACCUUUCUUAUGUUGGCUAUUCUGAUUUUAGUUCUUUUCAACAUUUCACGUUCAAUAGCCAACAGCUCCUUCUUCAUCUCUUUCUAUAUUUCUUUUUCUUGCUGAAAGGAAAUCGGAUCAAGAUGGCGAAGGUAAAAUGUUCCGAAUUAAGGACCAAAGACAAGAAAGAGUUGCUGAAGCAGCUCGAGCAGCUCAAGACAGAAUUGACCACUUUAAGAGUGGCUAAAGUAACAGGAGGAGCUGCAUCAAAAUUAUCCAAGAUUCGUGUCGUAAGAAAGGCUAUUGCACGAGUGUAUAUUAUUAUGCACCAGAAGCAAAAGGGAAAUCUUCGUUUAUUUUAUAAAAACAAAAAAUACAAGCCUCUUGAUUUGAGGCCCAAGAAAACUAGGGCUCUACGUCGUGUUCUUACUCCCUAUCAGGCAAGCAGAAAACCGUUGAAGGAAAUACGCAAGCAUUCUGCAUUUCCACAGAGAAAGUAUGCUUUGAAGGCAUAAUAACAUGAAGGUAUUUCUCUUGACAGAUAUAAAUACAAGAAAAAAAUUAUAUCUGCAAAACUAUUCAAGGCACUGUAUAUUUAUAAAGCAAUUCUUUAGACAAAAAUCUUACACUUUUACAAGGAAUCAAUACAGAUGAUUAAAAAAGACCUAAAAUCUUUUAUAUACAAGUAUUAUGUUCUACAUCACUAUAUAUUGCACAAAUAUGAUAUUUUAUUAUUAUAACAAGAUUAAAAUAAAUUUAUUAUUAAUGAU